AGCACUGGUAGUACAGUCGAGCUCAACAGGCUCUCUGGAAAUGAUUAACUUGAUAAAGAACAUCACCGAGAAAAUAGCAGAGGACAUCUUUGAUAAAUUAUGCGCAAACGUAGCACAGUUGUCCCAGUGUGCAGCCGACCCCGCCUUCAUCAGCUCAAUCAAACCUGACGAUACGAACUUGAAAGCCUUAUUCAACCUUAACCACGUGGGAACCUUCAUUACUCGUAUGUGCGCGUUGAAGAAUGACUUGUAUGCUAAUAAGAAUUGUCCAUCGGAUAUUAUAAUACCUAUUGGUGUGUGCGCUUAUCUGCCCACAAUCUGGGAUAGCAGCUCGACAGAGAUCCCUCUGUUCAGUGGGACAGUGAUAUCAGACACUCAAGUUAACUCCUUCUGCCCCAAAAUGGGGGAUCUUUUCCGAUGUGCUGCGAUUCAGGUAGCUCCGUGCAAUCCCAGUCUUGCGGCUAUGGUCAAAUCCCUGAGCACCGACCUCCUGAUCACAACUUGUAGUAACCUGGCUAUGGAGGGGGCUCAGUACCCUACAUCGUCCCCUUUGCUAGUGUGUGCUGUGCCACAUGUGACCAAGGUCCUUCCUUUGGCGGUGACUGUUGAAAGUAUCCCAGGCGAUCCAACCACCUUCCAGAUACAGGAACUUAUCGGAGACGCCAUUAAUAUAGCAUGCGCUAUCCUUCCAGACUACUUCAUGUGUGUUAGGGAGGAGUUGCCAUCAUCCAAAAACAGAUUCGACAUGUUCAUCAAGGAACUUAUUGACGUCAACCAAUUUACUUACGGUACAGCCAUUGCCAACCUGAUGUGUGACGCUGGCAGAGUGAAAGCGAUAACAGAUAUGAUCCCCUGUGUAAUCACCAAGGCAAUAGACAUCGAAGCGUGUGGAACUGCAGAGCGCAUUAUGGUAUUUGACAAUUUCAAUAUCACCAACCUUGCUCAUGAUGCCAACAAAGACCGGCAAGAGUUCUGUGGACCCAUCAAGGAACUCGCCAUGUGUAUCUUUGACGCCAUUUUGGUGCCGUGUAAUGCGGACGUCGGCGCCUUCGCCAAAGAGGCGUUCUAUUGGGCGAUGCAGACCGAUUGUUAUGGCGCCAGGAAUGGAACGUUUCAGAAAGUCAUUGACGAGCAAAAACGAAAUGGCGGCACUCCAGUCGCAAUCGGCAACGCCAGAAUCUACUGGCUUGGCGUUCUACUGGCCAGUGUCCUUAUUUAUCGGGCAUAACCAAGUGAGACCUUUAACCUUUUAAACAAAGUCUACAUUUGCCAAUAUUUAAUAUUCCUUAAAUGAAUCUAGGAUACGAACGGCUGGGAUUAUAUCUAUAGUGUGAUUGAGACUGUCAUCAAUGGCAUUGUUUACCGUAGAAAGUGAUAAUGAUGAUAAACCAACACGGAGAUACGUUACAUUCAACAGUGAUCGCAACAUUGAUUCAGGAAGCAAGCCGCUGUUGAGGCUUACCCAAACUUCCCAAAAUAUCAUGAUUGACUUGUUUGGUGUGCAUUUUAGUGAUACAGAAGAAAUCCAGAACUUUGUAAAUACUGUUCACCGUGCU